UCCACCGCUCUUCUAUAUAUAGAGCCUCAACCGUAGCCGCUUUCCCCUGCUUCUAAAUUUCGCCUCCAAUUUCCGUUCGGCAUCCGAUCUUCGAGAUGGCUGUGAACGGCGGUCGAUGGAUCCUGGGUCCGCCCUUAGGCCACGGCGCCACCGCUACCGUCUCUCUCGCAGUCGACGCCAUCUCCGGCGAUCUGUUCGCCGUCAAAUCCUCGCACAUAUCCCGAGCUGCUCUGCUGCAAAAAGAGCAGAGCAUACUAUCCUCCAUCUCCUCCCCUCACAUCAUCUCAUGCCUCGGCUCCUCCGUUUCCCGCGAUUCUUGCAACCUUUUUCUCGAGUUCGCUGCCGGCGGAGCUCUGUCCGACAUCGCUGGAUAUCUCUCAGAGCCCAAAAUUCGUUCUUUUACACGUCAAAUUCUUCUCGCGCUGUGCUAUCUUCAUUCCAACGGCAUUGUCCACGGCGACGUUAAGGGACGGAAUGUUCUUGUCGGUUCGGAGGGGAAGAUAAAGCUUGGGGACUUUGGUUGCGCUCACCGUGUUGGGGAGGGAUUGGUGAUGGGAACGCCGGCGUUCAUGGCGCCGGAGGUGGCGCGUGGGGAGGAGCAGGGGAUUGCCAGCGAUGUGUGGUCGCUGGGGUGUACGGUGGUGGAGAUGGCAACCGGGAAGUCACCGUGGCCGGAUGUUAAUGAUGCGGUUGCCGCAAUUCAUCGUAUUGGAUUUACCGGCGAUGUUCCGGCGAUGCCGGAGUGCGUUUUGGAAGAAGCAAAAGACUUCGUUUUGAAAUGUUUCCAGCGAGAUCCCAAGGAGAGGUGGACGGCUGAGCAGUUAUUAAGCCAUCCAUUUGUUGCGGAAAUAGAGGAAGAAGAAAACUACUCUGUUCUGCCCUGUUUCAGUUCGAAGCUGGAGAAAUGGGUCUCCCCGAAGACAACGCUGGAUUUCGCUUUAUGGGAAAUGGGAACAGAGGAGGAUGGGGAAGACGAAAUUUUGAACUUGAAGGAUGAAUCUGAAAUGGGAAUCCGGCAGCUGGAUUCGCCGCCGGCGAACUGGACAUGGGAUGAUGAUUGGAUCGAAGUCAGAGGAAGCAUCGAUGAAAAAGAGGCGGCGAUGUCGCCGGAAGCCGAGUGUGGUGGCUUGAUCUCUGGCGCUGGAUGCGAGUGCAGUGGAAGAGAUUCUGAUUUCGAUUGCGAUGGGGACGAACAGGAAGAUUUCUGCAGCUAUUCUUUGAAUGAUAAAGUAGAAAAAUUGGGCUCCGCUUUUUCUGUGAAUCAGUUUGAAGGAGGGGACGUAGCAGAGCAUUUGGUCAGCAGUUGUACCGUUCGCAAUGGGGAUUGCAAUAAAGAUUUUAGAAUUUCGUAAUUUAUUUUGUUUGAUUGGAAUGUUUUAGCUUGACUUUUUUUUUUUUUUUUU